AUGGCCUCUAUUGAGGCUCUAUCAUCAACCACAAUCACUAUGAGCUCUCGCCAGAAGAUAAACAAGAUUCGUAAAAACCUGAUCACCACCUUUCGGGACCUCCGUAACAUUCCACGCCCCUCACCAAAUGCCUCUCCAAAUACCCGUCAGUCCUUUGUUGAAAUGGUCACUAUCACACAUCAGGCUGCCAGUCGCAUGUCCGAGCUUGCCUCAAACAUGGCAGAAUGGGUUCCAACAGAAGAUGGUGACCCGAUUGAUCUAGAUCAUGCUGGUGAAUGCAACAUUUUAAAGAUACACCAGAUCAACCCAUUAACCCUACAAAUCCCAGAUGAUAUUCUUCAACGUGAAGUGCUGCAAGGCAAAGACCGGGCCGAAGAUGAAGACGACGGAAACGAAAACAACGGGGACGAAACUGAAGACGAAAACACCAACCUUAAGGAUGGCUCCGCAACAGAACAUGAACCAGGUUCCAAGCCAACAAGACAACCAACGGCUAAGCAACAGUACAAAGAGAUUAUGAACACCAUUGAAGAUGAAGAAACUGUCUACACCAUUGAAGACUUCCGUACCAUGAUUAUUCGAGGUGGGUAUGAGGGAUCUGUGUCUGCCCAAGAAGUUACUAGUUUGUGCCGUUCCCUUGUCGGCUACAAAAGGGUGUCUGCCGAUGAACUGAAGGAGAUAUUUCGUGCAAGAUCACUGUUUCCCUCUACUUCAAUCUCUCAUGUAACCAACAACGCCAUUCAAAUCCAAGAUAUUGCAGACGACACUCAACGCAUUAUGAGACGUGAAAAACUUCUCUUCAUGGGUCCUGCUAAUGAUCAGCUCGGUUCCUGGGUUCGCAUUGUCAUUCGAAAUGUAGAGGCUAUCAAAAGCAUAGAAGACUGGGAAACCCAAACUCCUGCCUCUAGAAAGCGCUUCCAUCUAGCGUUGGCAAAAGAAGUCAAUGCGGAGGCCUUUGAACGACUCGAACGUAUUCCUUAUCCAAGUAAAGUCAAGAAAAAGGAGACGACUAAACUAGUAACCAAAUUCCGCAAAUGUCAUGACAAAGUUGGCCCUGCUGUUCUCUUGGACCCUUUCCUACUUCAGACAACACCCAAAGGUUAUCCUAUGGUCAGGAACACAUUUGGCGAGCUGGUUUCAAAAAUUCUGGACCAAUACGAUCAACUUCCUGAAGAACCAUGUGCACAUUACUGGAAUGACCGCAAGUUUCUGCUCCGAGCCGUUGGCUUCUUGGGUGGGGAUGUGGUGGAAGAUUAUAUUUACGAUUUUCUGGAGGAGACUUUCCCUGAAGAGGCAUGUUCAGGAGAUGAGAAUGAAAGCGAUUAUGAGCAUGAAUUUGGUGAAGAAGAAGAAUUAAAUUCAGGACUGUUCUUGUGUCCUGGUAAUCCACACUUUGAUUGUUCAUUCAAAGGGAGCCUCUUCAGUGUGUACAAGCACCUUUCCACAGAUCAUCUCAAACAGCUAGAAGUAAUUUUUUUCGCAUUCUCCGGCCAGAGAUACUUACCAACACUCAUGCCAAAAGUCAUCAAUGAAGAUGCCCGUAGCCGUCGUUCUCACAGAUAUUUACCACCAGUUCCAAAGCUGACAUCGAAUCGCCCGUAUACCCGCAGUGCUUCGCCUUCGCCUGUGCCUUACACCCCAUUGAAUAUUAGGAAAGCAUCUGAUAAACCUUUGCUGCCAGAAUCAUCUGCUGAACCGCCCUCAAAUAUCACAUAUUCUUUGGAACUUCCAACUUCCUCCUCAAAAAAUCCUUUGCAGUUUCCCAAGCAAAUUCACACUUUCCCAACCACCUCUACACCUACAAGCAUGGACCAUCAAGACUUUCCUGCAAUAGUGCUUUCCCCCAUGGCCAACAUUCCUUCUCUGUACCCUCAUUCCAAUUCAAAGACCAUUGAGUGUAGCCCUGCUGCCCUGCUAGACCAUCCUGUUCUGCUGAGUCCACUGCAAAUCCCCUCAGCUUCUCAACCUCAACCUUCUCCUCUGGAAGUACCAAAUUCUCCCAUGGUACAAGACUUCAAUUUUUCUUACCCACUGCCCCAAAAUACUACCACAACAUCUACCCCAAUCUGCCCAGCUACCAGUGUCCCCCAAUUCUAUGACCAUAAUCUCCUUGAAAGUCACAAAAAUUGUUCGACCUACAAGUCCAUUGCACUAUAUCAUCUUCAGGCAUCACCCUUUGUAGAAACCUCCAGAUUACCCUCUGCAACACUUGCAGCACAUGGUGGAUGGCAGCAAGUCUUUAAUGAACUUGCCCACCUCUCUCGGGAAUUCUUAGGGGGAUGUAUCUAUUGUGUUGCCUCCAACUCCUCAAAUGAAGAUGACAUCCACAGUAGUCUCUACCUCUGCAAUGGUCCAAUGGGUAGACCACACAAUCACUACUACCAGUGCUUCCGGCGAGCGCUCCAUGCACCUGAUGGGGUGUGCUUCUCCUGUUGGACACCUGUCUCUGCAUCUGCCUUUUUACAUGCUCCUGUACCACCUGGAGCCAAAGUUCGCUCAUUUUGCACCGGAAGACAAGGUUAUGAAGACAUCUUCCGUGCUCUUCCUUACAUUAUUUGGCGAAUUGAUGAAUAUCGACAUGCCACCUUUGCCUACCUAGGGGCACCACACCUUGCUGAUGUCUUCAAGAGCACUGUGGACUAUACUCGCUGGCUCACUCAACUUUCCACUCCUUCCAACACCUGCUUAAUCAACCUCCACUACUUGGUCUUUGCAUGGCUGAAACUUCGUAAACUUGGACAACUGCCAACCCAUCGCCUGGAAUUCAAUAGCCUUGAAAAAGAUCCCAUUUUGUUUUCUGUCCCCCAGUAA